AUGGCGAAACCCGAGCAAGAAGUUACUCUUCUUGAAGAAGAUUACGUUAGCGAUUCCGUCGACCACCGUGGAAUUCCCGCCGGAAAAUCUUCCACCGGCGGAUGGAGAUCCUCCUUCUUCAUUAUAGGUGUGGAAGUUGCAGAGAGAUUCGCUUACUUUGGUAUUGCCUCAAACUUAAUCACUUACCUCACCGGACCUCUCGGAAAAUCAACGGCGACCGCGGCAGUAAACGUGAACACAUGGUCGGGAACAGCUUCGAUACUUCCUAUUUUAGGAGCUUUUGUAGCAGACGCUUAUCUCGGUCGUUACCGGACAAUUCUUGCAGCUUCCUUCAUCUACAUAAUCGGACUAGGACUAUUGACAUUAUCGUCUUUCUUGAUCAUAAUGGGACUAUCAGAGAAACGUAACGAUGUUUCUGCAAAACAUUCAUUUUGGGUGAAUAUAUUGUUCUUCUGUUCUCUGUAUUUGGUUGCGAUCGGACAAGGUGGACAUAAACCGUGUGUUCAAGCAUUUGGUGCGGAUCAAUUUGACUCGGGAGAUUCGAAAGAGAGAGUGUCUAGAGGAUCGUUUUUCAAUUGGUGGUUCUUGAGUUUAUCUGGUGGAAUCGCUUUAUCGAUAAUUGUGGUUGUUUAUGUUCAAGACAAUGUUAGUUGGGCGCUUGGGUUUGGGAUUCCUUGUUUGUUUAUGGUUAUGGCUCUUGCUCUCUUCUUUCUCGGAAGAAAAACUUAUAGAUAUCCCAAAGGUGAUCGCAAGGAGAAGAACACUUUUGCUAGAAUCGGCAGAGUUUUCGUUGUGGCUUAUAAGAAUCGGAGACUGAGUUUAACACAUUCGGGUUCGGGACAAGGUUUGUUGGAGGAUGGUUCGUCUGAGAAAUGUAGAGGUCGGCUCGAGUUUCUAGCGAAAGCGUUGAUAUCCGGAGAAGGAGGUGUAGAGCCAUGUAAUGGUAGAGACGUGGAAGACGCGAUGGCUUUGGUAAGGCUUAUUCCAAUAUGGAUCACAUCCGUGGUGAGCACGAUUCCAUAUGCUCAAUAUGCUACUUUCUUCACAAAGCAAGGUGUUACAGUAGACAGACAAAUCUUGCCCGGUUUGGAAAUCCCUCCAGCUUCUUUUCAAGCGCUUAUCGGCAUAUCCAUUUUCAUCUCGGUUCCAACUUACGAGCGCGUUUUCCUCUCGUUAGCUAGAUUGAUUACCAAAAAGCCUUCUGGAAUCACAAUGCUUCAGAGAAUAGGAGCCGGAAUGGUGCUAUCCAGCUUUAAUAUGGUGGUUGCCGCAUUGGUAGAAAUGAAACGACUCGAGACUGCUAAAGAAUACGGGCUUGUGGACAAGCCGGACGCGACUGUGCCAAUGUCGAUCUGGUGGUUUGUCCCUCAGUAUCUGUUACUCGGGAUGAUCGAUGUGUUCUCUCUCGUGGGUACACAAGAAUUCUUCUACGACCAAGUCCCAACGGAGCUAAGGAGUAUCGGUCUUGCGCUCUCUUUGAGUGCGAUGGGUCUUUCGAGCUUUUUGAGUGGUUUUCUCAUCACUGUGAUUAAUUGGGCUACCGGAAGAAAUGGGGGAGACAGUUGGUUCAAUACUAACCUGAACCGAGCCCAUGUCGAUUACUUCUAUUGGUUGCUGGCCGCUUUCACCGUCGUUGGAUUCUUUGCGUUUUUAAUCUUCUCCAGGUUGUAUGUGUAUCGCCGGGUAGAUCAAGAAUAA